GAUAUGAUUGAUCGGUUCCAGUCUUGGGCGAUUCAGUCGCGUCUUGGAAUUCCGAUUAUAUAUGGGAGUGAUGCUGUUCAUGGCAAUAACAAUGUUUAUGGUGCUACCAUUUUUCCUCACAAUGUUGGCCUUGGUGCCACCAGGUUAAUAAUUAAAGGGUUUUAGUACGGAUGACCUAUUUUGAAAAGCCCAAAUGAAAUCGGACUUUUUUUUAAGUAAUUAUGUUGUCUGACUUGUUAGAUUAACAGAGAGGAAAUUCGAACAUUGUGCAUUUUGGUUGGACUCCCAUUCUCGCUCCUUAGUUUUAGGUUUUCUCGUCAUUUACGCUCUCUAUAUUUUUUAGAGUCAAAAUUAAGCAUAAAAGGCGAGGAUGUAAAGUACUGAGAGUCGAGAGUCCAACAAGAUUGCACAAUGAGGUGGUUUGAGUAAUUUAUGAGGAUGAAGACUCAAACAAAAGGUAAAAGGAAGUUUAAGUUUCAAGAGGCGUUCAGAUGCCAUUUUGGCAAAAAAAAAGUUUGGUUGUACAAUAAUCUCAUAAGAUUUUCUUUAUAGUUUAUAUACAUGUUUAUAUUUGAUUGGUAUCCAUUCAAACUUAGGUGAAUAGGAGCCUAAAUACUAGUGCUCGUUAACCACAUGGAAUCAAAUUAAUAAGUCAGGAUUAAGUACUGAGCUCUUUGGAUAAAUGUGAGAAGUAUAAAAAAUAGAAAAUUAGAAAUACUGCAAAGAUGUGCAAAUUCAAUAUUGUUUACUAUUUAAGUCGGUUGUUAACACCAACUUAAAAAACUUGGCGGGCAAGACAGGCCCUAGAGUUGGAUCUUGAGCUUGAGUGCACGCACUCAAUUUUCCAACCAUGGUUUGCCACAUAGCAAAUUUUUUUUCCCUCUUUUUUAAUGUGUGAUUGGAGAGGCACCCAUGUAUUGCUAUUAUUGUAUUUCCAGUUGGACUUUGGAAAGUACGAUAAAUUGCCUCGGGAUGCACAAAGAAUUGAGAAAAGGUAAAUUGGCCAGCAGUUGAAUUGUAUUCUCUUACUUAAUUGACCUGAUGUAGCAAUCUGAAAUCUCCAACUUAUGAUUCUCCCUGUUGACCUUUUUGGCUUUUAGGGAUGAGAGAUUACAUAUGCGGGAAAAGUUCAUAGUACCACAGUCAUUAAGAUAUUAUAAUUUUCAUUGUCUCACAUAAUUGUUAAAUGUUUCUUUUACGGGAAACGAUGGAGCCCAUUACUACUAGAGUACUAGAAAAUUUUCUAUACAUAUAACAGUGCCAACUAUAUUUUAGGCCUUUUAGGAUGGCUUCAAAAAGGAAGAAUAACUAAUUAAAUGCUUCUCUUAUAAAACCCUCUGAGCUUUUUUUAACUUUUCUAGAAAUUUCAAGUCGACUCAUGAUUAUCUCAGAAAACACUAAGAUUACAAUGUUUAUCAAACUAACCUCUUUUUUUAACCCUUUCAAAAUCUUCCCAAGUUCGCCUUUAGUGCAAACCAAAUUGAUUUGGCACUGCCCAAGAUUACAAAAGGAAUACUAACAUUGUCUAUAUUAGUAUUGAUCAACUUCUUUUGUCAGGGAAGAAAACCGAACUUAGAUAUCGAAGUAAUGAAGUUGACCUUUUCCUAUGUUACUGAACUGUUGAGAAAUCCAAAUGCUGGCACAUUUUAUUUUCAUAAAAACUAUAGAAAAACUUAAAAUGCCAACUUUGAAAUGAAAUGUCCUUUCUCUCUUUGAAAGUUUUUUUUAUUAUUCUUUUCCUCUGGCUUUACCAGAAUCUCAGUGUAAUUUAAAUGGAUGAUAGAGAUGCUGAUUUGGUUAGAAGGAUUGGGACGGUAACAGCUCUUGAAGUUAGAGCCAGUGGUAUUCACUAUGCAUUUGCCCCUUGUGUUGCUAGUGCAAGAUGUAUUCACUAGAAAUGAUUGUCAGGUAUCCAGAGAUCCUAGAUGGGGAAGGUGCUAUGAGAGUUACAGUGAAGAUACUGAAGUUGUUAGAAAAAUGACUUGUCUAGUUGAAGGGUUGCAGGGGAAGCCGCCUACAGGAUACCCAAAGGGCUAUCCAUUUGUAGCUGGAAGAAAUAAUGUCAUUGCAUGUGCAAAACAUUUUGUUGGAGAUGGGGGAACUGAUAAAGGUUUGAAUGAAGGAAAUACCAUUGCAUCUUAUGAUGAGUUGGAGAGGAUCCAUAUGGCUCCUUACCUGGACUGUAUAGCUCAAGGAGUUUCAACUGUCAUGGCAUCUUAUUCUAGCUGGAAUGGACGUCCGCUUCAUGCUGACCAUUUUCUGCUGACACAAAUUUUAAAAAAUAAGCUUGGGUUCAAGGGUUUUGUUAUUUCUGAUUGGCAAGGACUUGAUCGGCUUAGUAGACCAAGAGGCUCAAACUAUCGGUUGUGCAUUUCUGCCGCAGUUAAUGCUGGAAUAGACAUGGUUAUGGUGCCCCUUAGAUACGAACAAUUUAUCAAGGACUUGCUAUUUCUGGUUGAAUCUGGGGAGAUUCCAAUGACAAGGAUUGAUGAUGCUGUUGAACGAAUAUUGAGAGUGAAGUUUGUUUCUGGUGUUUUUGAACAUCCUUUCAGUGAUAGAUCAUUGCUAGACGUGGUUGGUUGCAAGAUUCAUCGAGAUCUAGCGAGGGAAGCUGUUCGCAAGUCGCUGGUUCUUUUAAAAAAUGGCAAAGACCCAACAAAACCGUUUCUACCAUUAGACAUGAAAGCCAAGAAGAUUCUUGUAGCUGGUUCACAUGCUGAUGAUCUUGGAUAUCAGUGUGGAGGGUGGACAAUCUCUUGGGAUGGGAUGACUGGCAGAAUCACAAUUGGUACUACCAUCUUAGAUGCAAUCAAAGAAGCAGUUGGAGACCAAACAGAAGUAAUUUAUGAGCAAAAUCCAUCAGCAGCCACCUUGAACGAUCAAGAUAUCUCUUUUGCCAUUGUGGCUAUUGGUGAAAGUCCUUAUGCCGAAUUCACCGGGGACGACAGCAAGCUUGUGAUACCCUUCAAUGGAAAUGACAUUGUAAAAGCAGUUGCUGGCAAAAUGCCCACAUUGGUGAUUUUAGUAUCCGGAAGGCCUCUAAUUUUAGAGCCAACUGUAAUGGAGAAUGCUGAAGCUCUCAUUGCUGCUUGGCUUCCUGGAAGUGAAGGAAGUGGAAUCACUGACGUUAUCUUCGGAGAUUAUGAUUUCACCGGCCGAUUACCCAUUACAUGGUUUAGAACAGUCGAGCAACUCCCAGUCCAUGCUGAAAAUAAUUUGCAGGAAUCAUUAUUCCCUUUCGGGUUCGGGUUAUCAUAUGAUAAGGAGAAAUCUCCUCAGUAAUUACAUGAGCUAAGUCACGAACUGAUUUGAGUCCACAGAUGUGUUCCAGAAAUUGGCUGCCUUUCCUUGUUGUUGGGUAUUUUCCACUCAUCUCCCAGUGGUUCAGAUUUCUGUUGGAAUCAUGUAUAGAGUUUGUAAAAUAAAAGAUGUUAUUUGUAUAAUAAACAUGAUGCCAGUAAAUAAAUAUUACUUUGGCAAAAAGAACUGUAAACGAUUAUCAAAACAAGUCAGCUUUCUCAAAAGUAAAAAGCAAGAAACCAAAAAGUUCGAUUAUCAUCAA